AUGGAUUACCCUACCUUCUCACUGUCCCACCACGAGCCGCAAGAACGAAACUUCGGACACGACCUUGGGUGGGACACAUCUCCGCCGCUCAACAAGACUGACUUCACCUUUGGCCUCUACGACCACGGCCAUCUCGAUCCCAUCAACACGAUCGAAACGGCCGAUUUGGGAUUCGAAAACCAGAAUUACCUAUGGCCCAACCACCACUUCCUGGGGCGAGAACCGCUCAGCGGCCCAGCGUCCGUCGACGGCAGUGCUACCGACAUCACCCCAAUCUCGCUUGACAUUCCCGGCAUGCGAGAGCACACACUUAGCGCACCUCCCGCUGUUUUGGGAAGUUCUACCACCGACAGUGUGGGCCGAGAAAGCUCUGUACUUCGACAGUCCUCCGCCGACGCCGAUGCCACACCAUCGGGAGGGCAAUCCGGCACGUCCGGCCGAUCGAAGAGGAUGAGACUUACCCGCCAACAAUUGAGAUUUCUCCGGAGCGAGUUUGCCAAGCAGCCUCGCCCUACCAACGCCGAUAUCGAUCGCCUUUCCAAAGUUGCGUCGAUUAGCGGCUCUCGAAUCCGAACUUGGUUCCAGAAUCAGCGGUCUAAGCUUAACGCCCUGUCAUCCAAUGAUCGGCAUCGAGUUGUGCAAAUGUGGGCUGUUCCCGACAGCUUCAACAAUGACAUGGCGAUGCAGUCCUCGGACUCCCGGUUUUCGAGCGCAUAA